UUAUUGGUUACACACGUGGUAUCUCUUCACUGGUCAUACGCCCUUGUCACAGCGAUCGUAACGUGGCUGUCUGCCUUUGUUAUAGGUAUAGUCACAACAAAAACAUUCGCCCGGGACUGUAAACAUAUUUUGCUGACCCGCAGUUGAUCUUGAGGUAACACCUGCUCACAGGAGGCGCACAUACCCCUUAAGAAGACAUCGACCCGUUUUUAUCUGCCGACGAUAAAUCAGGAAGAGAGCGGACUUGGUAGCGAGACGGUUGAUUCGUGUCGAAUAUUCCGCUAGUAUUUGAUGCAUUGGGGGGACAGCGAUGUCGGCUUCUGCAGACGACACCGCCGGUGACCCGGGGGACAUCACGCGUAGUGUGGGAUUAGGUUUCACAAUGGUUAUCAAGAGCCUGAAACUGAAAUUCCCCCAAGUCAGCAACAUCACCACCAACCAGCUCGCUGAUUGGAUGAAGCCCGGAUCAGACAGGGAUGUCGUUCUAAUUGACAGUCGACCAAAGGAGGAGUAUGACAUCAGUCACAUCCAAGGCAGCACCCGUGUGGACUGGGAGGCGAAGGAUGGAGCACAGGUCGUCCAGGGCAUCCCCUCGUUUAACCAGCCAGUUUCAGAGUCCACGGACCGGAAGCGAGUUGUCGUCUGCUACUGUUCUGUUGGCUACAGAUCUAGCGCCACAGCCCAGAAGAUACAGGCUUUUCUUGCCCAACAAGAGCCCCAAGCCAGUGUCCCCGUCUACAACCUGGAGGGGUCCUUGUUCAAAUGGGCCAAUGAAAGGCGGCCCAUGGUGGAUGCAGCCAAUCAGAAGACAGAACUUGCCCAUCCAUAUAAUAGCGUGUGGGGAAAGCUGCUUGAUAAGGAACUGAGACAGACGUCUUCCUGAAUACGUACUCCUACUUUGUGAAUUAUUUAUGCUCGUUGUUGGACGCUGUGAUUAAUUAAAUUUCUAUUGUUUCGAAA